AUGUUACUUCUCAUCCUGCUUCAGAGGCCCCAGGAAGUCCAUGGGAGGCUUGAUCCCAAAAACCUCCUGAGUCCAAAGAAGGCAAAGUUGGAGUCAGAGAACCAUUACAGGCCAGGAGAAGUUCUCAUUGGUGCCAUAGUCUCUGCAGUUAAGAAGAUCAACCAGGAUUUCCAUGUCUUACCCAACAUCACCUUGGGCUACAGCAUUUAUGAAAACUAUUACCAUGCAGGAAGGACUGCAGAUGCUUUGCUGGGGCUACUUUCAGACGGGGAGACCAAGAUUCCCAACUACAACUGUGGAAGGCAGAGAAACGCACUGGCUGUUCUUGAAGGGGCUGAUACUGACAUCUCCAUCCAGAUUUCAACCAUGUUGAGAACCUAUAAAAUCCCACAGGUCAGUUACAAUUUUGCAGCCCAGAUGCUGAGUGAUAAAAUUAGGUUUCCUUUCUUCCACCCAAUGCUUCCUGCUGAAGGAUUCCAAUAUCCAGGGAUAGUCAAGCUCCUCUUACAUUUUCGGUGGACCUUGGUUGGUCUGAUGGCACCAGACACUGACAAUGGCCAGAAUUUCAUGAGGACAAUGACUUCCAUGCUGAUCAGGAAUGACAUUUGUCCAGUUAUAGCAGAAACCUUUUCCACUUCCUACCGUAAGAAGUUCAUAGAUCGGAAUCCGUAUCGCAGUUGGAGACAAGUGAACGUUUUUCUUUACGCUGCAGAUAAAGAUAUGAUCACUGGGGGUGUUAGCAUUCUACGAUUAGUAUUUAAAUCCUUUGAGCAACCUGUUAUAGGAAAGGAUACCUUUUCUGUGAAAGUCUGGAGACGUUGCAGGGAGACAGGAGAACUGGAGGCUCUGUCCCAGGAGAAUAUCGAUGCGAUCCAGUCUCUGGGUGGCUAUUUAACUUAUAACACGAUCUGGGCUGUGGCACGAGCCAUCCAUGCAGCUUCUACACUCAGUUCUAAGAGGACAAGGAUCAAAGGGGGUAAAAACAUGGAAACACCAAAGCCAUGGCAGUAUUACAAUAAUUCCAUAAAUGGAAUGUUUUUGGAGGAGAAAGGAGACCUCUCAGCAAACCUGGAUAUUGUGAAGUGGGAGGCUAUGGUUAACAAAUCCUUUAGGAGAGUUAUCUUUGGGAGUCUAGAAAAACAAGGAUCCUUGGAUUUCACGUUUAUGAUCCACCAGAAUGCUACAGCAGAGAUGGAAAGGUUGAAGAAGCCCUUGCCUCCUUCCCGAUGUGUGGAAAGCUGUGUUCCUGGAUUCGUGAAGGUAACUCAAGAGGAGAAGCCCAUCUGCUGCUAUGACUGUCAUCCUUGUGCAGAAGGAACCAUCUCCACCAAGGCAGAUGCAGAAAAAUGCAGCAAAUGUCCAGAAGAUCAGUAUCCAAACAUCCAGAAAAAUAAUUGUGUCUCCAAGAUUGAAACCUUCCUAUCCUAUCAAGAAAAUCUAGGAAUCAUCCUGGCUUCCCUUGCUUUGUUCCUUUCUUUAAUCACAAGCUUUAUCUUGAGAAUCUUAAUUAAAUUCCAGGAAACACCAAUUGUCAAAGCCAACAAUCGGGAUCUCUCCUACAUCCUCCUAGUUUCCCUUCUGCUUUCCUUCCUGACGUCCUUCCUGUUCAUCGGCCAGCCAACGAGAGCUACCUGCCUUCUCCGACAAACAGCCUUCAGCAUUGUUUUCUCGCUUGCUGUCUCUGCGGUCUUGGCCAAAACAAUCACGGUGGUGUUAGCCUUCUUGGCCACAAAACCAGGAAAUAAAUGGCAGAGAUGGCUGGGAAAGAGUCUGGCCAAUUUCAUUGUCUUUUCUUGCACUGGCCUCCAAGUUGUCAUUUGCAGCAUCUAUUUGGGCACUUCUCCACCAUUCCCUGAUUCCGACCUGCGCUCCCAGCCUGGAGAGAUCAUCCUGCAAUGCAAUGAAGGCUCUGUCACCAUGUUUUAUGGAGUCCUGGGCUACAUGGGCCUACUGGCCACCAUCUGCUUCCUGAUGGCUUUUCUGGCCAGGAACCUCCCUGGGGCCUUCAAUGAAGCCAAACUGAUCACCUUCAGCAUGCUGGUCUUCUGCAGCGUCUGGAUUACUUUUGUGCCCACCUACUUGAGCACGAAGGGGAAAUAUGUGGUGGCUGUGCAGGUUUUUUCCAUUUUGGCCUCCAGUGCUGGCCUGCUGGGCUGCAUCUUUAUCCCCAAGUGCUACAUCAUUCUGCUAAGGCCAAAUCUCAAUAGAAAAGAACAUUUGAUGUCAAAUAUAUAA